AUGGCACGAUGGGCGUUUGGAGUGCGACGAGUACUGUCGGAUGCUGUUGUUUCACGACAAAUCCAUCACCUGGUGUCCAGUCGCCCACCUCCGCCUCCACCGGUUCCGCUGCCUGCCGCAGCACCGCCACCACAGCCCUCAGGGCUCUCAGCAGGAUGGACAACGCAGGCAAGGUCCCCACCGCCGCCUCCGCCAGUUCCUGAACAAGUUCUGCCUGGAAGUCAGGGCUCGGCCAGCGAGGCUGGUCCUGCCUAUCCAGGAUCUCUGAGGUCCCCAGAAGAGCUUUUGGAUCUGCUCCGACAAGAUGGGAUUCCAAGAGGCCUUCAACAGCACUGGGACACAGUACAGCUACUUCACGAACAGGAAGCAUUUACUGUUGCUCAGGUCGCCUGGAUAUUUGACCAGUGUCGGCACGCACCGUCUCUGAAGCGCAUGGGCAAGCGUGGUGACGAGAAUGAGCUUCCUCUCGGCAAUCGCAUUGUGCAGCUGUUCACCCAUUUCGUUUGUGCUCGAAUUCCGGAGCUUACAGCUGACGAGAUGACUUGCUUUGUGGAGGCCCUCACUUCGCAAGCACUGCCAAUGGAUGAGUUCUGGCUGUUUAUGAUGGCCAAGCAAAUCCAGGACACACCAGACCGUUUCAGCCCAUCACAGAUUGCGACCAUCUCCCGGUGCUACGCAGACAAAGGGCUUGAGGAUGACGAGUUUUUCACUGCGCUGUCUGCAAGAGUGGCUCGGGGUCUGCAGCAGUUCCCUCUCUCCGAGCUUGCGAGUUUCCUCUUUGCCUGCGCAAAGAUUCGGUUCCUGGAUGAGGGGCUUUGUGAGAAAGCCUUCCCGCUCUUUGAGGAAGCACAACGCGUGGUGCAUUUAGAUGGACCGUCGCUGAGCGCUGCUAUCACUGCUGCCGCGCUACUUGAUUGGCUUCGGGCUGAGGAGGAUCACAAACAGUCACGCAGCACACGGUUUACCUGA